GCAAUGUCUGCGCUUCGCCUUGCUUCCUCUGUUGCGCGUAGAGCGCCUCGCGCAGCUCUAGCACUUCAACAGAGAGGAUAUGCUGAGGCUGCGGACAAGAUCAAGCUUUCCCUUGUUCUACCUCACCAGACUCUCUUUGCGUCGACGGAUGUUGUUCAAGUAAACAUUGCCGCAGCAACUGGUGACAUGGGUAUCCUCGCAAAUCACGUCCCGUCAAUCGAGCCUUUGCGUCCUGGUGUCGUAGAGGUCAUCGAGUCUGGGAACAACAGCCAGAAGUGGUUCGUGAGCGGAGGCUUCGCAAACGUGCAUCCUAAUAACAAGCUUACUAUCAACGCCGUAGAGGCAGCACCUCUGGAAGACUUCUCAUCUGAGGCCAUUCGUGCAAACCUUACAGAAGCACAGAGAAUCGCUUCAGGUAACGGGUCAGAGGAGGAUAAGGCGGAGGCUCAGGUGGAGAUUAGCGUUUACGAAUCGUUGCAGCACGCGCUGGCCAAAUAAUAGACUUCCUGUCACUAAAAUUCGUCUAAAUAUAUUUUUGGCGUAGAAAAGCCAUCGACACUUUGUGGAAUGUAGAUGAAUAGCUUCACGACUCGCACGAGAGUUGGUACACUUAGCAACGGGGACAUACUUGAUUCUUUUCAAUAUUAUUACUGUAUCUAGGUCAUAGUAUUUCUGUACCGCAGCUACGACCUGGU